CAACCACAAGAAACACCGGAUCGUCACCAUCAGUCCCUUGACGUCCUCCUCAAAUCUUCAUCACCCAUCAGCUCCCAUCCUGCUUCUACAGUUCGUAUCUCCCUUCCGUUCCCAUUCCAUCCCCUCCAUCCACCCCAAUCCACCCCGGCUCGUCCAAAUUGGCCCUCCCACCACCCAGCUCCGGGCGGCUAAUGGGCGGGGUAGCAGCAGGCACAUGCAAUCAAUCAUCCACGUCCCCAGCAAUCAACAGGACUACAGGAAGGGGAUCAGCCAGCACCGACACUCGGCCAGCUUCCGAUUCGGUCAUCGGGUAUCCGGAGUGUUUCUCGGUUCCCUCAGCUAGUCUUAUCUGCCAUCAAGGGGAUCCAAGCCCAUUGGCUCUAGUGCUCCAUCAUCAAACUUUGGAAUUUGGAUGCGUGCCCGGGACGCGUCGUCACUCUUCUCGAUUAUGGCUUCGUCGGACGUGGAUGCCGUCCCAGGUGCUACCGUUCCUAUUAAUUAUUAACCAGGAAAUCUCCGCCCAAGGGCUUGAAACUCGAAUCGAGAUGCAAAUUGCCAUCACCUCCUUCAUGGCUCCUUGGCGGGCCGCUCAGUCAUCAAAUCCUUUGUUCUUCAGCUCUGGGCGGGGACCGGCUGGGAUCCCGGAAUUGUUAGAGCCUUACAGCCUGAGGUGUCAGUACACUACAGUACUUGGUAUGCGGGCUCCCUGCAUCAGAAUUCCGUUCAAUUCGAUAGGUCUGGAUAUCCAGUUGUCCACGCGUCCUAUCCACAACUCCACAUGCUCCGCCCAGAAUGCCCAAAUGCUCGAUACCUAUCCCAAAUUCCCAAUGCUAUGCUCCUCAACCCGAGAUGCUCUCCCCAAUUCCUCCCAUCCCCCGCCCAACAAUCAGAAUUUAGUCCCAACCCGAACCUCCGCUUCUCACUCUCACCCCUGAUCCACCAUCUUUCCGCCCCCAGUCUAAGCCUCCAAGCACCUAAUAGCGAUGCCAGAUUGCCAGGAACCUAUCCCGCCGGACUCGCAACCUCCGGGCGAUGGAAAGCAAUAAGUAUGUCGUUGUUCGUUUCCCUACCGUGAUUGACUCCGCCCUGCGUCGGGAGGAAAUAGUGAUAUUUAUGUGCAUCCGAACUCCCAAGUAUCGAGAACGGUAGGAACGGUAGUUAGUACUAUAUAAGCCGUCCCGAUGCUUGGCGAACGAAGUUGGCUGGAGAGAACCAGUAGGGGCGGAAAUGUGGACGAGGGAGACGGGAGGAUGGAAGGUAGGUAGACAACCUCAAACCACGUAGACAGGCGAACGAGGAUGAUGAAAAUGGUUAUAUAAGCGGUAAAUGAGACGCAAAGAAAUUGAUAUAUUACAACGCUGCCUGUCUCGAAAAUGCAAA